AUGUGUGGCCGCUAUUCAUUGAAUCUUUCUCACGCCGAGAUACAACAAUUACACGGCUACAAUGUCCACGUCGGUGAAUGGAUAGGCCAGGAUCAGUUUGUGCCUCGGUAUAAUAUCGCACCACGCUCCCAAGCACCUGUUCUGCGCAGGAGAGAACCGAGCGAGAACAGCGAGGACGGCCAGUCUGAUGAACUCAUUCUGCAGACCAUGAAAUGGGGACUCGUGCCUCACUGGAGCAAGCAUGAGCAGUUCUCCUACAGCACCUUUAAUGCUCGCUACGAGGCCGUUGUUGAGGGAACAGGGAUAUGGGCAAGCAUCAGAGGAAAGCGACGCUGUGCUGUCAUCUGCGAAGGAUACUACGAAUGGCAAAAGAAGGGCAAUGAGCGCCUUCCCCACUUUAUGAAACAUAAGAACGGCCACCUUAUGCUACUUGCUGGUCUCUACGACAAGUCAUUCGUUGAAGAAGAGAGCGAGCCCCUUUGGACGUUCACUGUUAUCACCACAGAUGCCACCAAGAAUUUCCAAUGGCUGCACGACAGACAGCCGGUCAUCCUUCCCUCCCUCGAAGCGCUCAACACAUGGCUCGAUACCUCGUCGCAAAAAUGGAGCGAUGACCUCACCAAACUCGUGCAGCCGUACCACUACCCCGACUAUCCCCUCGAGUGUUACCAAGUCCCGAAGGAGGUAGGGAAGGUCGGUAACGAGUCUCCAAGCUUCAUACAGCCUAUAGGGGCGAGGAAAGAUGGCAUCGAGGCCAUGUUCGCUCGUCAAAAGCAGAUCACUUCUUCUCCUGGUAAGGGUAAAAGGAAGAGGAGCACAUCGCCAGUCAUGCCUGUAACCCCAACGAAACACAAGUCUGCAGCCAAGAAAUCCCAUACGAAACCCGAAACGGAGAGGACGAACGCCGAAUAUGAACAUACAGACGUUGAAAGCAGCGGUCAGCCCUCCACUUCUGUAUACGAGGAGACGACGUCUGAGGCUGAAGAAAAGCCUGCUGGGAGCCCUCAUUCUAGUCAUGCCCGUCAGGCUGCAAAGCCAUCGAAGAAGCCGCGACUGGAGAGGAGGCCUUCUUCGAACAAGACCACUGGUUUCUUCAAGAAAACUUAG